CUGCUUAGUACUCUCUUCUUCUUUGUAUCUCUUUUUCUACAUUUUUCACAACUUGUGAUACUUAACAAAAGAUCAUCAUGAGCUCGAUGUCGUCUCAACAUGGUUCUUCUGGAUCAUGGACUGCGAAACAAAACAAGGCGUUUGAGAAGGCAUUGGCUGUGUAUGACAAGGAAACUCGCGAUCGUUGGUCCAAUGUUGCUAAAGCAGUUGGAGGCAAAACAGCAGAAGAAGUGAAAAGACACUAUGAAAUCCUUUUGAGGGAUGUUUUCUUUAUUGACAAUGGUAUGGUGCCCUUCCCCAAAUACAAAACUACUGGAGGAUCCCAUAAUUCCACCUCUGAUUAACAUUAUUUUUACUAAAGGAGCAAAACCUAACACUUCAUCGAAGUAACAAACGUCAAUAAGCAGACUAGAAAAGUGCAAAUAAUUUGCCUUGGAACCUGCCUUUUAAAAUAUUUAAUUUUCAAGUUGUAUAUUUAAUUUCUUUGUCCAAUUAAAUUUUAAACGCUGAGUUUAUUUAGUAUUAAUUACCUACGGAAGGAAUCAUUUGAAUUCUGUCUGCUCUUGUACUCGUCAUGUCCCCUCUAAUAUUAAUUAAUUAUAUUGUUCCUU